CUCAAUUGUGUCUCUUCCCGCAACAGAGUCAGGCCAUCAAUCACCCCUCAGCAGCCACCAAUUGCCUUGUGAGCUCUGCAAACAUCUCGUGUAUGCCCCUCCCUGUGGACGCGGACGUCUCGAAGAACAGAAACCCCUUAGAAGACGCCCAUUGUCUGCCCUCCAGCUCCCCCACUGCCCUUGACCGCAUGUCGCUCUUGUUGCCGCACACCACAUAGACAACGUCCUUGCCGCCACACUUAAGCGCUUCCCUCAGCCACAGAUCAAGGUUGGUGCUGAUGCACACAGGAAAGAACACGUCUAGAUAUCGGGAGUCCGUUCGUUGUCUGUCGUCGGUUCAAAUCCGCUUACAAGGACUUGCGUGAGGUGAUGUCAUACAUUAGAAUCCCCCCGUGGGCGUCCUUGUAGAACUCAUUCCUCACGUCGAGGAACUCCUCAUGGCCAGAGAGGUCCCACAGAUUGAGCCGCAGGUCCAUGUCCGCAAAGUGGGUCAUCGAACUCACUUGGAAGUCGAUUCCCACGGUGGCGUUGUAUGUGGGCGAGAACUGCCCAGUGCAGUAGCGCGAGAUGACGGAGGUCUUGCCGACGUAGGCGUCGCCGAACACGAUGACUUUCACACGUGAUACCUCGCGGACGAGGGGCUUCACACGCCGACGCUCCACCGAUGGGCCCAUCGUGUGCAAUGUCGCGAGAAGGACGGGGAAAU